UCUUUUGUGUUGAGAUAUAAAAGGGUUUAUGCGGUCUGCUAAGGAAAACAUUUUGUCUUCGGUAAAAUAUCCACGUGUCGUUUUAAAAAGAUAAAUGAUGUAGAGGAUCGGGUUUAUAAUUUUCAGUCUCACCGAAGAAACAUCACUGAAAGUGCUUACAUGCAUUACACCUCCCUGGGGAAGAUGUCUUAGAGCUUUUAUCUGUAGAACCAUCGACUUAGCUGAAGAGCAGACUUCGCUGUAAAUGUUAUUGUCAUCGAUGAUUGUGUAACCAUCGUAAACACCAUUUGUCUGGGAGAAAAAAAGAGUUCGUGAUGCUAUGCCUGGAGUGCAUCGAUAGGUGACAAGUCCAGCAACACAAUGACUCACCAGAACUACGCCAGGAGCAUAGAGCUUCCAAAAGAGCAAAUCUUUCCGAACUUGAAAAAUGCAAAGCGUUUUGCCAUUGACAUAGGUGGUUCCCUAGCCAAAGUGGCAUAUAGCGCAGACUGGCAUAGACGGGCUCCAAUAGUGUAUGAUGAACCAGACACAGAAGGAUCCAUUUACAAUGUGGCAGAGACAGAAGAAACAAUGGUGCGAUUGCAUUUUGUUAAGUUUGAGACGAAGUACAUUGAGACUUGCUUGGAUUUUAUUUUGGCUAAUUUAAUUGACUCUAAAGAAUUCAUACGUGACAAAAUCAUUAAGGUCACAGGUGGAGGUGCAUACAAGUACAAAGAUCUCAUCACCAGCAGGUUAGGUGUUCAAGUGGACAAAGAAGAUGAAAUAGAGUGCCUUAUAUAUGGCUGCAACUUCCUUCUAAAAAAUAUUCCCGAUGAAGCUUUUAUCUACCUUCGUCAUGGCAACCCAGAUUACAAGUUUCAAGGUGUUGACCAGGAUGUGUUUCCAUAUCUUUUAGUCAACAUAGGAUCAGGUGUAAGCCUUGUUAAGGUGGAAUCAGACACAAAAUUUGAACGAAUAGGGGGAACAUCAACUGGUGGAGGAACAUUUUGGGGCCUUGGCUGUCUUCUAACACAGGCCAAGUCCUUUGAUGACCUAUUGGAGCUGGCUGAAAACGGUGACCAUCGGUCUGUUGACAUGCUGGUUAAAGACAUCUAUGGAGGAGCAUACAACAGUCUGGGGCUAGGAGCUGAUAUUAUAGCCAGCAGUUUUGGCAAGGCCACACGUCUUGACGGGGACCGUUUUCAGAAGGAAGACAUUGUGCGAAGUUUGUUGCUGUGUAUAAGUAAUGACAUAGGCCAGAUUGCUUAUCUGCAGGCACGACUCCAUGGUCUGACCAAAAUCUAUUUUGGUGGCUAUUUCAUCCGGGGACAUCCCCUUACCAUGCACACAAUAGCUUUUGCCAUCAACUACUGGUCCAAGGGUGAAAUUAAGGCCCUGUUCCUGCGUCAUGAAGGCUAUUUGGGGGCCAUUGGAGCCUUUCUCAAGGGAGCCAACGAAGAAGAUGCAGAAAAGUAUUGCUGGGGUGAGAACUUGGCUGGCAGUUCUGGGCUGACAAGUCCUAAUUGGUCGUGUGCUCAAGAAGAGCAGUUAUUACCCACCAACUUCACUCCGAAUUUUGACCUUUUUGAGCUUGACCGUUUGGAACGUCCAGUGCUGGCCUGUCCACUUCUGCUUGAUCCUUCCAGUUAUUUUCCAGACACAGUGGAUCUCAUGUAUGACAUUGAUGCUCGCAUGUACUGGCUGAAAUGUUUUGAAGAUAGUGUAGAGAAGACUGUGGCUCUGGCCAUCAAAAGCCAGGCAGAGGAAGUAGAUGUGGAAGAGAGAGCCAGGAAGUUCAGAGAGAAAUAUGUGGGAAAGCUGCGCACACUGUUGGUUAACCCCUGUGCCUAUGGGUCCCUGACUGUUCGUAGCUUGCUUGAUACAAGUAGCCAGUGCCUGGCAGAAUUUUUGUUUCCUGACCCCUAUUCACAGCAAAAGGUACAGGAGAGCGAGUUAGCGCUGAAACAACUAUCUGGGCAUCUGUCAUACCUUGACACUUUAAGUGGCAUCAGCUUGCACAUCCAACUGGCUCGGGGCCUCUUGGCAGGCAAUGUGUUUGACUGGGGAGCUAAAGAAAUCAGGGAGCUGCUGGAAACUGGCCAUUUCUCCUUUAAAGAUGCCCAGAACAAACUCCAAGAACGACCUUGGCUGAUAGACGAUUUGGACUCUUGGUCAAAUCGGCUUAUGUUCCAGCCGCCGUAUCGCUGUGCUGCCAUUUUCUGUGACAAUAGUGGAGCUGACAUUAUUCUUGGCAUCAUGCCAUUUGCCAGACAUUUGUUAAGCAUGGGAACAGAGGUGAUUCUGUGCGCCAACUCUCGGCCAACAUUGAAUGAUGUGACGUACAAGGAGCUUGUCAUCCUGGUCAAACGAGUAGCUGAGCUUUGCCCGGUCAUUUCGAUUGCUCUUGCCAGAUACAAGCUGGUUGUAAUGGAGUCGGGCCAGGGGUCUCCCUGUCUUGACCUGAGGUUCAUAGACCAAGGUUUGGCAAAGGCUAUGGUGGAUCGUAAAGCUGACCUGAUUGUGUUGGAAGGCAUGGGACGAGCUGUUCACACAAACCUGUAUGCAGCCUUUGCCUGUGACUCACUCAAAGUUGCUGUGCUUAAGAACAGGUGGCUGGCUAAUCGUCUGGGUGGAGAUAUGUUCAGUGUCAUGUUCAAGUUUGAGAGGUCACAGAAAACAGUAGCUUCACCCAGUAUGACUUGAGAAGGCCAUUGAUGUGAGUUGACAUCCUAAAUUCCUGCAUGAUUCACAUUUUUUUUGUGUGAUACUUAACAGUGUACAUAUGAAUCCAAGGCACUUUCCUAUAAUGAAACUUGUGUAAAUUUUCAACCCAAAAAUCCCUUACGCUAAAUGGUGCACCUUCACCUCAGAAAAGUCUUUCACACUUAUGUUUGUUACUGUACUUUUUAUCAUGUCUUGUCAUGCUUUUACCUUUAGUGUUGUAAAUUGUAAGUUUUGCAUACUGGAUUUUUUGUCAAAAGAGCACAUCACAUCGUGCCUACAUAAACGUCAAAGUGAAAUGAACUCUUCAGCUCAAAAUAUGACCGUCAGAAAAAGUCCUCUUCUAACAGCAGCACCUUAGCCCCUUGUUGCAGGUUGAUUUUGUAAAGGAGUGCAUGUCUUUUGGAUAACUAGACAAAUGUAUCAUUCAUAUUGACAAGAACAACCAUCUAUUGAGAAGAAUCAUUUGGAUAUUUGGAUGAUACAUCUCUACAGAAGUAUGUACAUUCGGUCCUUUGUGACAUGCUAUCUUAUAUAUAUAAAUUUGAGUUUAUCAUAAAAGGAGUUUUUGAAUCAUUAAAAGUAAUCUACACAUUUUGUGUAAGAAAGCUUUGAUUAUUCAUACAUGUAUGACCUUACUUUUAACAGACUUUUAUUACAAACAAAAAAAACACUUUUUAUGAAGUAUCUUGGGAAUCAAAAUAGUUCUGAGAAUGUUUGCAAUUUCUCAUUUCAUCCCCAAUUUCAUAUCACAUGCUCAUGAGUGUUGCCACAUUCAAGCAUCUCAUUUUUCAAGUGAUUCAGUUUGUCAACACUCAUUUUCUUCAUCAAAGUUUAGAGGUCUCAUAUUUUUGUUUGUAGCAGCCAAAAAUAUAAUAUUUCCAACAAAGCCCUGCAAUGUUGUAAUUUUCAUAAAGGUUAACAAAAGAGUCUUUCACAUGUGGAAAAGCUUUCUUUUACAUUGGAAGAAAAACUUUGUAAUGCCUGUAGACAGUGUCACUUAUGCUAGUUUAACUUAUUAUGAGCCACGUAAGAUCAGUGCCAUCCGUCAAAUUCUGUGUGAGCUACCAACGCUCUUGUCUGUGCAUUUGUUCUUUCUUGGCUUGAUUACUGCAACUCCUUGAUUACAGUCUGCCUUGCAUACCUUUUUCAUAAACUCCUGAACUCCUCUACAUGUUCGGUGCCUAAAACUAGGAAGAGGACCUUGUCACUCCUCUCCUUUGUUUUCUUUGUUUGAAUUGACUACUCAUCUGCUCUCACAUCUAGUACAAACUGUCCAUGCUAUUUAAUUUCUUUGCUAGCUCCUGCCCUGACUAUUCUAUUAACUUCUCUUUCCCUACAACCCAGCCAAAUAACUACACUCUUCGUCUGACGACAUUCUCCUAUUCUUGUCACCAGAACAAAAACAUUUGGUUACAGGAGUUUUAGUUGCUGUGCAGCAAAACAAUUUAACUGUCUCCUUUUCCAUAUCCACCACUUACCCACAGUUCAAUCCUUUAAAUGUGCACUGAAAACACACCUCUUCCUCUAACAUUACUCCUAACACAGUCCACACAAUGCUGGUCCUUUAUCACACCCUUCCCCCCCUUCCUUUUCUACUUAUUGCUACUUCCCUGCUCAUCUUCCUUUGCAAAAUCACGAUACUCUCAGUCCUUGUUACUUGUUACAGUCCUUGUUACUGUUCCUCUUUUCGUUUUCUUUUAUUCAUCAUCAGUACUGUCAUUUAUACUACUGUAAUUCAAAUGUUGUUUGUUCUGGCCCUUGUCUGUUGUCUUUGUCUCAUUCUUGUUCUUACGCGCUACGACCAUGCUCCCUAUGAUUGCAUUUGCACUAUACAAAUCUUGUCUUUUUUUUAAAUUAUUAUUCAGAUUUUAUUUCUAGUGGUGAUAAAAUAAUUUUUAUAUUUCUUGCUUUUUACCUUGUUUUGAUUUUUUCCCCAAGCAAUUACAGCUCAUAAAAUUCAUCUUCAUGCACAUUUCAAAACAUGAAAAUGAUACAUUAUCAGAAGUGGGCACAAAAGCUAAACAAAGUUGUUGAUAUAUUUGUUCCUCAUUCAAAUGAUUUUUAAAUGCACAGUUUGUGUUCAACAUUGUGUUGUUCUUUAGCAUGUUUGAUGAGAGAUCAGUAAGCUGCAAUGACUGAAGGAUUAAUUUGCCACUUUCUUCUAUUUCUGCUAAUUUGUGUGACAAGGAACAGCAUUAUUGCUCCUACCACCACCAAUAAGUGCACCUUAUAUUUGCUUCAAAGUACUGAGCAUGUGAAAAGAAGGAUCCAUUCUGUCACAGAGUAUUUGGAAUUAAAAACAAAGUAAUUUAGCAGUUCCUUGAGAAAGGUCUUGAACAGGAUUGUUUGUCUCAAAAUAAUUAACAGACACCACUUACCUUGUUUUCUGUAUAUGGUGUACCUGUCUGAUGCUUUCUACAAGUUAAAAUUUGUGAUGUAUAGGAAAUAAAGCUCUUUUUAAGAGUUCAUUUUUUUAAAA